AUGCGCCCCAGCGCUGAGAUGAUACUGCCCCCACGCGUGGCUUGGCAAGGGGGGGGAAUGGGGAAGAUCGCUGCGCAUGCGCGGCGGGGCCCUGGCGAUGCCGCCCCGCCCACCCGUUGCUUGGCAACCGGGGACGCUCCCCGUGCCCGCGCAUGCGCAGUGACGCGUGCGCACCUGAGCUCAGGUGUCGCCAUGGAGCCCCCGCAGGAGGGGGCGGCCGCGGCCUCGAGAUCGGAGCUCGCAGAGCCCGAGCCCAAACUCGAUCCCGAAUCCCAUCGCGAGCCUGAUCCCGGUGCUGAUGACGGUCCCGGUUCUGAGCUCGAUCCCGGUGCUGAUGCCGGUCCCGGUGCUGAGCCCGGUUCGAACCGGGAGCGCCAGCAGCGAAUCGCCGCCCGCCGCAGCCGCGUGGAUGUCCGGCGCCGGGAAGCGGUUGGAGAGGAGGUGGAGAAGGAAGAGGAGAAGGAGGAGGAGGAAGAGGAGAGAAAGAGCCUGAAGGUGAUCGAGGAGACGGGGAAGGUCCUGGCCAAGCUCCUUUUCCAUGGGACGCAGCUGCUGACGAACGUCCAGGUGGAAGCGGAUCUUCGGGAAUCACGGAGGCGGGAAAAAGAAGGGGAGGAGAAGAGGAGGAGGAUGAAAAAGCUGGAGAUGGAAGCCAAGCACAGCAUGGAAAAGUUGGCUGAGAUCAAUUCCAAGUGGGCCUUGGCGGGGGACCUGAAGAUCCCUCAGGAAUUGUGGGAGCUGCUGCAGCAGCAGCAGGAUCAGUGUGAGCAGCUCCUGGCGGAGAAGAACCAGAUGAUCCGAGAGCUCCAGCAGGAGCUGGAGGCCAAGGAUUCACAGUACGAGCAGGCCCUGAAGGAGCAGGCGGACGAGAUCCGAGUGCUCCUGGAAAGGAUGGAGGAACAGACCAGGAAUAUGCUCCGAACCCACCGGCACCACAUCCGGCAGAUCGAGAAAACAUUCGAGGAGGAGAGGCAGGAAAUGCUGGAGAACAACCGGAAAAGGUGGAACGAGGCCAUCCAGGCCCACAACGAGCAGGAGCUGCAGUUCCUGCGGGAGCAGAUGGACAAGGCGCUGGAGUUCGAGAAGCAGCUGAACGAGCUGCAGGAUGAGAGUGUGGAAAACUACGACAGCAUGAAAUUCCAGCUGGAGCAGGAUGUGCAGUACCUGGAGAAGAAACUCCGGCAGAUGAAAGGACUUUACCACCUGAACCAGGUGAAGCUGGAAUACAACCUGGAUGUGCUCCGGCAGCUGGACGUGGAAAAUUCCACGCUCCGAUCCCUGCAGAAACGGAAAAUCAACCGAUUCCGGACAUCCCUCAGCCUCCUGAGGACCAAAAUGGCCAACCAGGAGAAGAAAUUCCAAGAGGAAAAGCAGAGCCUGGAUUCCGAGCUGGAGCGGAUCAUGGGGAAGUUCCAGGAGACACAGAGCCGCAUGAGGGAUCUGGCUCGCAGCAGCGCCGAGAAAUUCCGGCAGGUUUGGAUCGUGAACGAGGAAGAGGCCAAAGCGCUGAUCCGGGAAGCGCUGGAUGCCGAUCGGAUCAUCCACGUCCAACAGUUGGGAAUGCCGUGGGAAGAGCCUCACUUCUGGUUCAUGGAUAACGUGGGACCCUUGGGAGGCCGCCGGGAAAAGAGGGACGCGAUGCAGGUGGCCACGGCACUGCUGGAAGGGAUCCAGUCUGGAAAACGGGAGCAGGGAGGGAGGAGGAGUAAGAAGAAAGGAUCGGGAAGUGGAGAAGGAAGGAAGGAAAACCAGGAGAGGGCCGAGGAAAGAGACACAUCCCGGCCAGAGGUCUCCAGGGAAACCCUCCGGAAUAUCCUGGAGCUCCUGAGCGAGGAGGCGGAAUUCCUGGUGGAAAACAAACUCCUGAGGCCCCUGCGGGAGGUGGUGGGACCCAGGAACAGCGUCCGGCAACUGCGAGCCAUCCUGGAGACCCUCCGGAUUGAAGAUGAGGAUGAGCUACGGAAACUCCUGGAAUUUUUCCUGUACUACGGAUACCAGGAAGUGACCGACAGCCAGGAUACGGCAGGAGAAAAUUCCAUGGGUACGGCUCAGGAGCGUGGGAAUGGCAGAUCCCAAUUCCAGAGGGAUGAAUUCCAAUCCCCGGAGAGCUCCAUUCCCACCCGGUCCAUCAUAAAGGACGAUGUCCUGAAAAUCCUGAAGGAAUUCCUCCGGGAUUUUGCCAAGCUGAGGGAUGAAGGAACCCCCAGGGAGAUUCAGGAGGUCCGGGACAACUCCAAGGAUGGGGAAUACUGGGAAGCCCUGACCCGCAUCAUUCCUGAGCGGACACUCAAACUUUGGGAUGCGCUCGGAGCCGCACUCCUGGAAUAUCAUAAAGUGCUGACCCGGAGAUCCGAGCUCUUUUCCGAGGCCAUCACACUGCAGCAGCAGAACUCGGAGCUGGGAAUUCUCUUGGAGGAAUAUCUGGGAUCCGAAAAUGGCCGGUGA